UUCCCGUCACCUCCCCGAUUGGCAUAAAGCCCCUUCCUUUUCCUCUCCACGCCUCUUUAUUAUUUUUUCCCUGCACACAUCUCCAUCUCCGCCUCGCCCCCACUGGUCUCCUCUCCACCCCUUCGCUUCGCCGCUUCCUGCACUGCUCUGCCGCUUCUCCAUGGUGGUGGUCUUGGAGGACACUUAAUUGAGAUAUGAAGUCCGUUUGUGGUUCUUGUGAGCUUAAGAUGCUUGGCACUUGAUUUGCUUAGUUUAGCAAUAUCAUCAUUUGACAUUUCGAACCAGUAAACUUAAUGCUCAUGGACAGAGCUGAUACAUCAGGUUUUGUCAGUGGAGGCGUAUUUUACAUGAACAUCCAUGUGUAUUUCCAUUUCGUUUAUACUAUAUGCUUCCUUUAUGGUGAAGUUAUAAAACUGGGAUUCUGAUGGUUUGACGAAAGCUCUUGGUCCCCAAACAAUACUAAACUCCUUUUUCUGUCACAUCUUACCGUAUUUAUAUUAAGAAGGAUGGACCUUAAUAUGACAAAUCUUUGGUUUCAUGGGAAGGAACAUAUAGCUGCUUCGCCAUUCCCACAAGUUGCAACAUCAAUGAACUUCACUUGCCUUGGCAGCUCAAAAACAAUCGAGACUUCUAAAAAAAUGUUUCAGCAGAGCGAUCAAAGCUUGUCUAUUCCUGAUGAUGGAUGCAGGCUUGUCCUUGGACUUGGACCAACACCUAAUCUACAUUAUGCUGAUAAUGAGUCAUCCGGUGGCAACAGGGAUAAAGAAUCUGCAAAUUUGUUCAGCCAACAUUUUGCCAUAGCCGAUCAUGGUCUGAUGUUGGGCAUUUCGAGAGGUGGCACAAGAAAUUUUCAAGCCACAACAAUGAUCGAGAAGUAUUCACAUCAAAAUAGAAAUGGUAUCGUCUUCCCACUUACUGAUGAAGGAUCAACUUCAGCUAAAAGGAAACCAGGUGGUUAUGUGCUGCCACUUCUGUUUGCUCCAAGAUCAGAUGAUAUCUGUCCCAAUGGAACACCACCAGUGACCGAUAUUCAACAUGUUGAAACUGUAGAUGAUUGUGACGAUGAUCACAUUACGUCUCUUAAUCAGCAGAAGGUUCAGAUUAGCCCCGAGCCUUCAGCAACAACUGAUUGUUCUUUUGCUGCAACUUCAGAUAUGAUAUUCUCCUCAACUAGCACGGAGCAGAGAAGUCACCAACGACAUCCUAAGAAGUGUAGGUUCAAUGGGUGUUCAAAAGGAGCAAGAGGGGCAACAGGGCUCUGCAUUUCCCAUGGUGGUGGUCAGCGGUGUCAAAAGCCUGGUUGCAACAAAGGUGCCGAGAGCCGAACAGCUUACUGCAAAUCUCAUGGUGGAGGGAAACGGUGUCAGGAGCUAGGCUGCACCAAAAGUGCUGAAGGGAAGACUGAGUUCUGCAUUGCUCAUGGUGGUGGGCGUCGAUGCGGAACUCCGGGGUGUACGAAGGCAGCAAGGGGAAGAUCAGGAUUUUGCAUAAAACAUGGUGGAGGGAAGAGAUGCAGGGUAGAGGGAUGCAGCAGGAGUGCCGAAGGACAGUUUGGGUUGUGCAUCUCACAUGGAGGUGGUCGCCGGUGUCAGUACCCGAACUGCAGUAAGGGAGCACAAGGAGGCACCAUGUUUUGCAAGUCCCAUGGUGGAGGCAAACGGUGUAUAUUUGAAGGCUGUACUAAAGGUGCCGAGGGCAACACGCUGCUAUGUAAAGGGCACGGUGGUGGUAAGAGGUGCCUCUUUGAGGGAGGUGGUGUCUGUCCUAAAAGUGUUCAUGGUGGAACUAGCUUCUGCGUCGCUCAUGGAGGCGGCAAACGCUGUUCUGUACCAGGAUGUACCAAGAGCGCCCGUGGUCGCACUGAUUGCUGCGUGAGGCAUGGUGGUGGCAAGCGUUGCAAGGUUGACGGUUGCGACAAGAGUGCUCAGGGGAGCACGGACUUCUGCAAGGCGCAUGGAGGCGGCAAACGAUGCGCUUGGAGCACCGGCUGUGAGAGGUUUGCAAGGGGAAGGAGUGGGUUAUGUGCUGCACAUGGAACCCUGAUGGCUUCAAAGCAAGUGCCUGAAUCUGAGCACAGCAGAGGCAUGAUCAGGAACAGCCUCUUCAGCAAGAUGGUCUCUGCAUCCUCGAUGACGGCUGGUGCUAGCAUGGAUCAUGCCAUCUCUUCUUCUCUCCCUGGUGCCUCGUCGGAUCGCGGUGAGUCCUUGGAAGAGAUGCGGAACGGCAAGCUCCUGAUACCGCAUCAGGUCCUGGUUCCUGGUUCAAUGAGGCCAUCUUCUUCGCAUGGCAAAGGUCAAGAGGACGGAGGGAGCCAGGAGCAGCAGUGCUUCGGGUUCGUCGUGCCGGAGGGGAGGGUUCAUGGUGGGGGCCUGAUGUCCAUGCUUGGAGCUGGAGGCAAUCUUGACGAUCCGAAGGACUGAAUUUUGCUGAAAAUGUUAAAGUUGCAGCUAUUUUUAUGCUGUCAUUUAUGAUUUCUGCAUCUAGAAUCUAUAAGAUUUCAGAUCACCAUUGCACUAUGCUGUCAAGCAUGACUGCUUGAUCGAAACUGAAUUCUGAAUUAUGUGGCUUAGGCCUUGUAUAAAGUAUUUUGUCAUUCAUAUGGCACUUACAUACACAAAGAGCAGAAUACCUGAAGAGCUGUUUGAUUGAAAUUGUAUCCUUCUGUA